GCCCGGGUACGGAGAACAAGCUGAGCACACUGUCUGACCUGGACCAGCAGUACCGCACCCUGAGGAAGCUCUACGAGAACUGUGAGGUCGUCAUGGGAAACCUGGAGAUCACCAGCAUCGACCGAAAUCGCAACCUGUCCUUCCUGAAGUCCAUAAGAGAAGUGACAGGCUACGUGUUGGUGGCACUGAAUCAGUUCGAGUACCUGCCGCUGGAGAACCUACGGAUCAUCCGAGGCACCAAGCUGUACGAGAGCCGCUACGCUCUGGCCAUCUUCCUCAACUACAGGCGGGACGGCUUCUACGGCUUGAGGCAGCUGGGCCUACGCAACCUGACGGAGAUACUGAGCGGCGGCGUGUACGUGGACCAGAACAAGUUCCUGUGCCACGCCGACACCAUCCACUGGCGCGACAUUAUCAAGAACCCCCAGGCGGAGCUGCUGGUGGUUCCGUCCAACAACAGCAACAACGGAUGCAGGCGCUGCCAUCGCUCCUGUAUCGGACGCUGCUGGGGUCCUCAGGAAAGCCAGUGUCAAACAUUGACAAAAUCGGUGUGUGCAGAGCAGUGUGACGGUCGCUGCUUCGGGCCUUACGUCAGCGACUGCUGCCAUCGAGAAUGCGCCGGCGGCUGCUCUGGCCCCAAGGACACCGACUGCUUUGCCUGCACCAACUUCAACAACAGCGGCGCCUGCGUCACCCAGUGCCCCCAGCCGUUUGUCUACAACCCCACCUCCUUCCAGCUGGAGCCCAACCCCCGAGCCAAGUACACCUACGGAGCCUUCUGCGUGAAGAAAUGCCCCCAUAACUUCGUGGUGGACCACAGCUCCUGCGUCAGAGCGUGUCCCAGCAACAAGAUGGAGGUGGAGGAGAACCGCAUCAAAAUGUGCAUCCCAUGCACCGACAUCUGCCCGAAAGUGUGCGACGGCAUCGGGACGGGCAGCCUGCAGACGGCUCAGACCGUGGACGCCAGCAACAUAGACAAGUUUGUCAACUGCACCAAAAUCAACGGCAAUCUCAUCUUUCUCAUCACCGGCAUCAAAGGGGACAUGUACCACGGCAUCGGACCUUUGGACCCGGAGCGUCUCAGUGUCUUCCGCACUGUCAAGGAGAUCACAGGGUACCUGAACAUCCAGUCCUGGCCUGAAAACAUGACGGAUCUGAGCGUUUUCUCCAACUUGGCGACCAUCGGAGGCAGAUCCCUUUACAGUGGGACCGGCAUUUCUCUGCUGAUCCUGAAGCAGCUCUGGAUCUCCACCCUCCACUUCCAGUCUCUGAACGAGAUCAGUGCCGGAAACGUCUACAUCAUGAACAACACCCGCCUCUGCUUCUACAACACCGUCAACUGGACGUCGCUCUUCAGGACCUCCAACCAAAAGGUCGUCGUCCGCAACAACCGGGACCCUAAGGAGUGCACUCAGCACCGGAUGAUGUGCGACCGCAUGUGUUCGGAUGACGGCUGUUGGGGCCCGGGCCCCGACCAGUGCCUCUCCUGCCGCUACUUCAAACGAGGCCGCACCUGCGUGGAGUCCUGCAACCUGUUUGAUGGGGAAGCGCGGGAAUUUGCCAAUGGAUCCGUGUGCCUGGACUGCGACAGCCAAUGUGAGAAGAUGGACGGAAACAGCCUAACGUGUCUUGGCCCGGGCCCAGACCAGUGUGUAAAAUGCCUUCACUUCAAAGAUGGGCCCAACUGUGUGGAGAAGUGCCCCGACGGACUGCAGGGCGCCAACAGCUUCAUUUUCAAAUACGCCAAGGCCAACAACGAGUGUCAUCCCUGCCACACCAACUGCACCCAGGGGUGCAUCGGGCCGCGGCUCCAGGACUGCGUGGGAAUGAUGGACAGGACGCCGCUGAUAGCAGCUGGUAUCAUUGGUGGGCUGUUCAUCAUCGUCAUCCUGGCGCUCAGCGUGGCCGUUUACGUUCGACGCAAAAGCAUCAAGAAGAAGAGAGCCUUGAGACGCUUCCUAGAGACAGAGCUGGUGGAGCCCCUGACCCCCAGUGGCACCGCCCCCAACCAGGCUCAGCUGCGCAUCCUGAAGGAGACAGAGCUGAAGAGGGUCAAGAUCCUGGGCUCUGGAGCGUUUGGAACUGUCUAUAAGGGCAUCUGGGUCCCGGAGGGCGAGACGGUGAAGAUCCCCGUCGCCAUAAAGAUCCUGAGCGAGGCCACGGGUCCCAAGGCCAACGUGGAGUUCAUGGACGAGGCCCUGAUCAUGGCCAGCAUGGAGCACCCCCACCUGGUGCGCCUCCUCGGUGUGUGCCUGAGCCCCACCAUCCAGCUGGUCACCCAGCUCAUGCCCCACGGCUGUCUCCUGGACUACGUCCACGAGCACAAGGACAAUAUCGGAUCGCAGCUGCUGCUCAACUGGUGCGUCCAGAUCGCAAAGGGGAUGAUGUACCUGGAGGAAAGGCGGUUAGUCCACAGAGACCUGGCGGCUCGGAACGUGCUCGUCAAGUCCCCCAAUCACAUCAAGAUCACCGACUUCGGCUUGGCUCGGCUCCUGGAUGCCGAUGAGAAGGAGUACAACGCGGACGGGGGCAAGGUUGGUAUGCCCAUCAAGUGGAUGGCUCUGGAGUGCAUCCACUACAGGAAGUUCACCCAUCAGAGCGACGUGUGGAGCUACGGAGUGACCAUCUGGGAGCUGAUGACAUUCGGUGGCAAACCGUACGACGGCCUCCCCACGCGGGAAAUCCCAGACAUCCUGGAGAAGGGCGAGCGACUGCCGCAGCCUCCCAUAUGCACCAUCGACGUCUACAUGGUCAUGGUGAAAUGCUGGAUGAUCGAUGCUGACAGCAGGCCCAAGUUCAAGGAACUGGCUGCAGAGUUCUGCAGAAUGGCCCGUGACCCCCAGCGGUACCUGGUCAUCCAGGGAGACGACCGCAUGAAGCUGCCCAGCCCCAACGACAGCAAGUUCUUCCAGAGCCUGCUGGACGAGGAGGACCUGGACGACCUCAUGGACGCCGAGGAGUACCUGGUGCCUCGAGGUUUCAACAUGGCCGCCACGUCGGGCUCCGCGAGGCCCCGUGUUGACUCCAAUCGAAACCAGUUUGGCUAUCGGGACGGGGGCCCGAACACAGUGGAGGGGCCCCUGGUGGGGGCCCAUGGCGGAGGGAACCAGGAGGCGUCCGGCAGCCAGGGCCCGGUUCUGGAGGACCAGCGCUGUAACGGGAGCCUCCAUAAAAGCAGCCAGAGCCAAGUCGGGGCGGAGGACCCCGGGGCCCAGAGGUACAGCGCUGACCCCACCAUCUUCCUGGGGGACAGGACGUCCAGAGGGGACACCGACGAGGACGGCUACAUGACAGCCAUGAAGGACAAGAGCUCCUCAGAGUACCUGAACCCCGUUGAGGAGAACCCGUUUGUAUCCAGACGUAAAAACGGCGAGAUCCACGCGUUGGACAACCCGGGCUACCACAGCACGCCCAACAGUCAGCCCAAAGGAGAGGACGAGUACAUCAAUGAGCCCCUUUACCUCAACACCUUCCACAGUCCUGCUGAGCUGGGCCUAGAAGCCCUGAGAAGGAACGGUCUCCCCUUACCCAGCAUGCCCCCGUCCUCCAUCUCAGCCUCAACGCCAGGCUCCCACCUCCCGCUCACCAUUCAGACCAGUCUGCCCCACUACCCCCUAUCCUCUGCCCAGCCGUCUCCGGCCGGCCUGCCCUGCCUCCAUGCUCCAGCAGCUCACAUCCUCCAUGCCCACAACACCAUCAGACCUGCAGGGCCGCCUGGAAAUCCAGGUGGCUCCGUCCCUUCCAGCCAAACAGGAACUUCUGCUCCAGCACAGGUGAGCCAAUCAGGUUCCCUGUCCACUUCGUCCACCCUUUGCCACGGUAGCCUGCCAGCCUACCAGAGCUACACCACCUCCCAUCCCGGCAGCCUGCUGAAGCAUGGAGGGCAUACGUCAGGGAAGGCCAGUGGGAAAAAGCUCAAGGUAACCUUUGACAAUCCUGAAUAUUGGCAGCACAGCUUGCCUCCAAAAUCCUCCUUACAGGUGGCCCCUGACGGGGCCCAGGGAGGCCCAGCCAACGCCAAGCUUUUCUACAAGCAGAAUGGACACAUACGGCCCCCAGUGGCUGAAAACUCUGAGUACAUGUCUGAAUUUGCCCUGAAGUCCGGCACCGUUCUGCCGCCUCCACCCUACAGGCAGAGAAACACUGUGGUCUAGAUCAUCCACCAGCUCUAGCCUCCUGCCACCCAGACAUCCUUUCUGGUUCCACCAUCAGUGGCGUCAAAGACCCGCCUGACUCUUUCCAGAGAUUGCGCCAUCUGCUGUAGCAACAUCCAAAGGAGUUGGACAGGUACAACCAACUCAGACACCUUCCCUACAUCCAAUCCAGUCCAUUUCCGUUUUUGUAGAUAGAGACUAUCUUCCAACGCAUUGAGAUGGCCAUGGCAACAAAGAUCAGGCAACGAAAAAUGGAGACACUCUGUGAUGUUGGCGCACAACUCUCAGACUUAAAAGGAUCGAGCUCUGGGGACAUGAACUCACUGCCAGCCACCUCAGUGUCACUUUUGUGAGAGAAACAAAAGGUUUUCUGUUAUUUUCCAGCAAAAAAAACAAAAACAAACAAAAACAAAGCCAGAAGAUGAGCAAUAGAUUCCGAAACAAGAAAAAUUAGUCAGGUUUUGCAAUGAAAAAAAGCGAAAUGUGGAAAACUGAGGCAGUUUGGUUUAGUUUUUGGAGAGCAGCAGAAACAGACUUAUCAGUCAUAUUCAGUGUUUUUGCCUUUCGGAUUAUACCACGUGUUCUUGAAUUUUCCAUUGAAUAUGUGAAACCCAUCUAAUCCUACUGUUACUGUGAUACUGUGAUGGCCAGAACUACAGUGAUCUCUUUUAUUUGUAGUUCAACCACAAACUGUAAACUAAUCGCCUGAAAAUCUCCUGGGCAACAACUGUUUUUUUUUUCUUGUUUUUGUUGUAAACUUGGAGAUUAUGAUCAAAAUCAUCAAGGAACAAAAAAGUACACUGUUAUUACUUUUCUAUACACUGGCUCCAGUGCGGAAAAGUUGCAUUUUCGACACUGGUUUUCCAUUCACACCGCAAAGCUAACUUUGAGGAGAAAAUGUUAUGGAAAUUGCUGCAUCCAGCCAAAUUGUGUGUGAAGAUCAUCCGAAAAGGGUCAGAACUAAAAGUGGUGAUCACAGGGCGAGAGAAUGUCAGACAUCUACUGGGAGGACGAGGGAAGGUUCCGACAAGCCCACUAAUGAAGACCUCAAGGAAUGAAGAAGGCAGCACCAGCAGAGCACAGACUACUUUUUAAUGUGUGGAUCUGGGUUUGCAUCAGUGUGACUGGGAUGAGUGUGUGUGUGUGUGUGUGCGUGUGUGUGUGUGUUUCAGCAAGCCAGCUUGGCCCCUUUGAGAAUGAGAGAAAAACAAGUUGCAGAAAUCAGCCGCAGUGUAAUUGACAGCUACAGUUAUCAACCAGCAGCAGGCCUAAACAAAGGCCUUUAGACAUAUGGAAAAUGAGAAUCUAAGGGUUAACUGAAGGCUCUUAGAGCGGGCCAAUGGCAACAAAUCUCGCGAAACAUUUCAGAGUCCCUGCAAAUCUGCUUGGUUGAGUUCAGGAAUACGUGGUUUUACGCUGGAUCUGUUGACAAACCCUUUAUAUGGAUGGAAUUGGUCAUGAUGGAACCAUGUUCUUUCAACGUCCUGGAAGCCGUUUCAUGGGUAACGUAGACUACGUUACUCCUAGGACACCAAUACCUUAAACUAUUUUAAGUUAACCCAUCUUCACCAAAAUGUUGUGGUUUCUUACCAGCUAUCAGGCGUUGUGGAGUUGCAGUUAGCUAGUUAGCUUUAGCAACAUGACUGACUAUGUCUUUACUUUGUAACUUGAAGCUCUGUAUACACUUCAGAAACUCUGGCCACACCAGCACUUCCUCUAACAUCUCCUUAAAACUGGUGUGAGGUAAAACGCCUUGGUGAACCUCAACACCGGGAACCAAACCAUGCCUACUUCUUCUUUCCACUGGAACUGUUUUUUUUUAAAUGUUGUCAUUUUUUACCAAAGUAAUUUGAAAUUUUUGUACCAAUAGUGCUUCCAUCUUCAGUUGGUUUCUGUAGGUUUAUGUGCAGACAUAAGUUUCUUCACCAAGUGUCUCCUAAGUAAUACUUUAUGAAUAAGACAACUUUGGUUUAUCAAGCAAAGUUAUAAUAAUCAUCAGUAGCAUAAAGCCAAGAACCACAAAAUUCCUCCAACUCCAAUGUUCUUUAUUGACACAUAACUUUUAACAUCUAAAGGACCAAUGACAUCUACCUGUUAAGUAUUUAAUUUGCUUAAUUUUGGUCUAAUAAAUUAAUUAGUUUGACUGGACUCGGACUGGACGCCUUAAAAAAUCUUUACAUAAACGCCUCCACACUUAUUGGGAAAACAUCCUGUGGAUGAUGGCAUGCAGUCCAACGGGGUUCCUAGGGCCUUUGGAAGAGAACCUAGCCCACAGCACCACAGGUCCUCCACCGUAUUCAACAGUGAGCAUGAGGUGGAAAUACUCUUUGUGUUUAUUUUAGUUGUACGUUUGGCAUAAAUAGUUUUGUAAAAAAAAAAAAAACUGAAAUUUGUAAUAGAUAAAAUGUUGGAUUUUUCUAAAACCUUGCACCUUACACCUUUAAUUGGGGGCUCUAGCAAAUGUGGAUGGUACUCCAGGUAACCUGUAUCUGUAUGGUUGUUUUUCUAAUAUAACAUUGGUCUCCCUCCCUCAGAAACUGUAAUUUUUUUUAAAUUAUUCAGUAUAGCCUCAGUCCAAAAAGAAACCCACUGAAACAGAGCUGUUUGAUCAGAGCCGAAGUUGAACGUGGUGAAAGCUUCACAUUUUCUGUUUUAAAUACACAAUAAAAGCACCACAAUUUUACCGUAUUAUUUCAACUGCUGCCAAAAUAAUGUAACACAAUGAUUAGUAGUUACAAUGACAUUUUCACAUUUCUUUUCAGUUUGGAAAUGAAGACUAAAGCUAAAAUACUGAUAAAAUUUAGUUCUAGCAUUUUGUUGAAAAGACUUUCCAUCGAAAUGAUGAAACGCUCCAAUGAUGCUGACAUUUUACGUUAUUGUAGUUCCAUAAGUCAUUUGAUUGAUCUUUGUCAUUUAUUUAUGCCACCCUCUGGCGUAAACGGAAAACAGCCUGUAGCCAAAAUCCAUGGAUCCGUUCCGUGUGUUUGUGGCGUCAUUUAAUGUGUCCCCCUGUGUUGUUCAGAAUACCUGUGAAAAAAGAAUUGAUUAAUCUUUCCUCUCAAGAAAACAGUCGUUAAAUUCGCCACUGCUGCCUCUUCGGGCAAACUGCCACCAACGAAGAAAAAUGUUGUUGGUGUUAAAAGUUUUAAAAAGACUAAUAUUCUUCACUUUGUAUUGCUCAGCAUUAAAACUGCUUUUUCAUGUGGUGGAAAACUCCAUCUGAGCUAUUUUCUUAUUUACCUUACUUAUAUAUUGGAGCGUGUCUGAAAGGGUUUGACGAUGCACAUGUAAAAGCUGCGUACGUUUUUCAUUUCCCCGGAGCGCUUUCAUCAGAGACGCGGGUAGAAAUUGUCUGUUUCCAUCUUGUCACACUGAAAUAUUCAACAUGUUUUUCUGCUAGUUUAACACUUAAGAAAUCAAAUGUUUAAGCAUGAGUUUGAGGAAAGUGAUACAUUCAAGAGUUCAACAGGAAAAAACACAUUCGAAGGUGUUGCCUUACCCGCCUAAGAAAUGUUCUUGUUCCAAUGUUGCUGUUUUUUAUGUUUAAUAUUACCAGAUUAUGACUAAUUUAUAAAUUAGUAUCUUGUAGCCACUUUUAGAACUCUAAUUGUAUGAAAAAGAAACUGAAUUUAUAAUCAAAGUAAAACAUUUAUGACAUAUUUCAGCAUAUUUACACAGAGCAAAGGAAGCAAAACUCAGUUCCAGGAUUUUGAACUGAAAAAAGAGACGAUGAGUGCAAAUGAAGACAUGCUUGAUUUUGUUUGCCCUUAGAUAAACUUCAGGCAAAGGCAAAAUAUAUAACAACACAGAAUGCAUAUGAAAAAAUCAUAGAAAAGCAGCCUAUAUUAGACCAAGAGGUUAACGUCAUUGUAAAAACACAGUGGCUCUAUUUUAACCCAAUCCAGUUUUCAUCGACGUGGUGGUCUUUUAGGAUCCCUGCUGGACUUUCAGCGUCAAUGAAAAAGUUUUUAUUUCUUUUGUGAAGAAAAUGAUUUAUUUAUUUUUUUUUGCUGCUCUGGUGACUCACGUUUCAAAUAUAUCUUGCUUUGAUCUGGGGCAGUGUUACCUGCUGCCGUGGCCGAAGCAUUUGGGUGACUCAUAGCAACAAAAACAGCCCUCAAACUGAUGGUUGUUUUAAUCCAAGUCCACACAUACACGUGUCUUUUUUUUUAUGUAACUUUCUGUGUAGCUUUUUAUUUGGUUUUAGUUGCAAAAAUCUCUUUUCAAAAUAUUUUUGAGCAGUUGGUUUCAUUGGCACAAAAAAAUGGGGAGCCCCAGAAGGCACCUUCAUGUUUCUACAGGCAGAUUUUUUCUGUUCGGACAGAUUUCUUUGUUAUUUCAGAACAUACUCGCAUGUAUGUGAAUCUGGCACAGAUUGAUGUUUCUUUUGGAAAACCUGGUUAGUACUGCUGGCAUGGGAAACUGAAAUACGAUCUGUUGUUUUUAUGGAUGGAUUUAUUUAUUUUUCCGAAGUUUUCUUCAGGUCUAAUUCUUAUAUAGUGAAUUUAAUUUGCUGUUUAAGCCGCAGCUCAAAGGCACAUUGCCUUGUUCCAAACAAAGUAGCUUUUUAACACUCGCAUAAAUUGAGCCUUCACCAGUUUUGGCUGCUGCCAUUAAAAUCCUGAACACAUGAAGGAUGGACACAAGUAACUUUUACACUCUACUAUAUGAUAAAUUAACUAGGCCAUUGUCUCCAAAUAAACAAAAAACACAGGUCAGUAUUGUCUUCAAAUAGUAGUUUUUGUGGAAAACACCAACUCUUUAGAGAUGCUUGAACGUGUUUCUUACGAACCCAGUUAUGUAAGUGUGAAUUAGUUUAACGUUGUUUUCCAGGUCUUUGCCUAAAGUAGUUGUCACCAAAAGGCACUUUAGCUAGCGUCACAUUUUUGACAAAGAGCUACUGAAGUACCUGAUAAUACUUUUUAUUUCUAUAAAAAACAAUAUACACAUGUAUGUGUGAACUUGACAGAUCCUAAACUACACAAACGUUUGUGUAGUUUGGCCUUGUGCUAGCAUGUACGUUUAGCGUCAUAUUAAUCCCUGCGUUGUAUGAAGAGCACAAAGAGAGGCUACAAACAAAAGAAAAUUACUGUCAGAUACCAUGGUAAUUACCAUGAUAUAAAAUUUUGAUCAUACUGCUCACCUCUAAACUUAGUCAAAUUAGGUUUAAUGGGAGGAACAGCUGUCAUGUUUAAGAAAGAGUCCAUUCAAACUGCUAUAUUGUGUAAAAGCUGUAUUCACAAAUUAAUUUGGCAAAUCUUUUAACGAAGGUGAUCUAAAACAGUUUCUGCUUCAGGCAUAGAAAAACAAAAAUGGUGGUCAUGUUACAUUGUGUACACGUAAAAAUGGCUGACCACCACGUAUUUUUAAUAUUUUUAUCAGUUUUAUCUGUCGACAGAAAACUGAGGCUCACGACAUUUCUUUUAAACCACAAAAUUAUGGCACUUUAUGUGCUUAUCUUCUUAUAAGCAGAUAAACUGAAGCUAUUGUACCUUUUUCUCCAUCUAAGCCGAUUUGAACUGUAAAUAUGAAAGCUGGAAGACAAAGAUUUGUGUUGUCAAAUGAACAGGAAGGCAAACAGCUGUGCUUGUUUAUGAAUUUAGCGAAACGUUUUCCACAUGCACCAAUUUUAAACGAAGGCGAUGAAGACCUGAAACUACACAGGUCUCAUAUUCUGAUUUUUUUUUUUCUUUUUUAUUUGAGAAACAGUUCAAGGUAUUACUUAUAUUUUAUUUACUAACCUUUUUGUGAGCUUGGACCAUAUUAUUUAAAUGAAUUUGUACAGUAUGCCCAGAAGGCGCGACAGACAGUUAAAAAAAAAAAAAAACUGGGGGAAAAAAAAUUUUUUUUUUAUUUUUUUUUUUUAUUUAAUAGUCUGACAAGGUACUGUAAGUGUGAAGGAGGCAUAAACACUGAUUUUUUUAAAUAUUGUUUCACGCUACUGAUUACCUGAAGCUACACAGCAAAGGUCAUUUCUUGACUGGUUUUCUUCCAUUCAGAAUAACGCAGAGUAUGAUUGGUUGUAAAUAAUGUUUGCUUAAAGUGGAUGAGAAUAACCUUGACAUUGUUGUCCAGGGUACAAAAAAUUUAACAGAUAUUUCAGCAGGUUAGACGGCACAAACUGGGACUGAAGUAUUUCAAGAGAUAAUUGUGUGUGUGUGUGUGCGUGCGUGUGUAAGUGUGUGUAUGUUUUCUCCAUGCCAUCAAGGACGUAGUUCAUCCACUGUACAUUAUUUAACAUGUUUGUAAAAAUCGAGCUCCAAACUUUGAUUUUUAAUCGCACAAUUUGUCACAUGAAUGAAAAGUCACGUGCUCUUUUCCACAAUAAAAUACCAGAUCAGUGUAACUGUACAGAAUCUUUGGGGAGGGAAUCCUCCAGAAUUUAUCUACACAUACUACAACAACAAAUGUGAAUAGUAUUUUUCUAAAGCACUGUAAUGGCCGACAUGGUGAAUUUGUACAUAAAACUGGAGGCGGCGCUUUGAAUUUACAUCGGCCUUUUCUCCGACUCUGUUUUUUUCUCCUGCUUAUCACUACUUGUACAAAAAGAGUCGUACAUAUUUGCUUUCUGUGACUGUAUCUUUGGACUGGUGGGGAUUUGAUUUUCAAAGUGCUUGUUGACCUUUUUAUCAUGUAAAACUGUUUGGUGGCCCUCCUCCAGGCCUCAGUGGCUGUCCUCAUGGAUUUUUUUUUUGUUGUUGUUGUUUUUGUUGUUUUAUGUAAACACGCAAACACUACAAAAGUGAUGGAGGCAGGCUAAUAUGUGUGGUUUAAUAUUUCAGUUCAUACCUGCCAGAUUAACCCACCCAUACUUACAAGCAUAUUUUCCUUUUAUUUAGCACCAUAACUGUGAAACCAGUGCUGCCAACUAACCUAGACAGUGCUACUUGCUCUGCUUAGUUUCUACUAAAUAUAUUACUGAGCCAAGUUAACUCCAUCCUUUCCCUGAAAGGCAGAGCACAUCUUUCUCAACCACUUUGGUUCCCUUUUCAUUUUUUUGCAUGCUUUUAGAGGUGAUGUAAAGGAGAGAAGCUUCAUGUCUUCGUCCUUCCACACUUUCUCCUCUUCUCAAGCAUCGUCAUUAGUGACUAUCUCUUCAAGUCCUUCGAAAUCACACCCAAAGCUUUAUAUCAGAGAAAUACCCUUCCUCAUGUUUGUUACAUGAAUCUGUCAAAAGUAUAUUUUUAAUUUAAUAUAAAUAAAGAUUGAUUCCGUAUUGUUU